AGUAUUUUCCAAGAUGCAACCCGCUCCUAUUUCAGUAGAAAUAACAAUAGAGAAGAAAGGAGGGUGAAAAGACCAUUAAAGAGAGAGAAUAUGAGCUUAUCAACGGCGUCGUAUUUGGCACGAAGAGCGGCUCAGAAACAGAAAGUUCGCAUUCUCUACCGUCGAUCUCUUCGUGAUACUCUCAAUUGGGCUGUUCAUCGUCGAGGCUUUUACGAAAAUGCUGAUGAACUGCGGAAAAAGUUCGAUGCCAACAAAAAUCUGGCAGACCUUGAUGCAAUUGACAGAAUGAUUGCUGCUGGUGAAGCUGAGUACAAUAAGUGGCGACAUCCUGAUCCUUAUAUUGUUCCAUGGGCUCCUGGCGGUUCAAAGUUCUGCAGAAAUCCAGAGCCACCAAAAGGGGUAUGUGUUCUUAAAGGAUCCUCUAUGAUUUUCUUCUUGAAUGCUCUUUAAUUUUCAUUAUGUAAUUUGUACUCUCAUUUUAAAUACAACCAUUAAGUUUUCACGUGUUCUAACUCAUAAUUUUGAUCUUAAUUAUAUUUCAUUGCCUAUGACUUGAGACACCAUAAAUGGCCCACUUUGACUUCCACCACUUGGACCAGAAGCCAAGUGAAAUCUAACUAAAAACAGAACAAAGAACAAAACCAUAUGAAAAGUAAGAACAAAAACGAAUGAAAGUGAGAUGAGAAAAUUGAACAAGAUGUAGAAAUUGAGAAGAGAAAGUAAGAUUUAUUUGAGAAUUGAGAAACGGCGCCUUGAAAGAACAAGAUACACAGUGAGUCAGUGACAAACUGAAUAAAUGGUAAAACAGCCUUAGAAAAACCCUAAAAAGGGUAUUUGGUUUUUUUUUAAGCGGGUCACGGGGUACCCGCUUUAAAAUUUCAGCCCAUGACCCGACCUGGUUAAGGCGGGUCGGGUACCACUACAAUUUUUUAAGAAAUUGACCCACCAUUUAUGUUGCGGGUCGGCAGGUCGGGUCAAGCAGGUUGGGUUUUUUGAACAGCCUGACCCAUGAAUGAAGUAUAAAAUAUAAUAUUUGAAAUUAUAAAUUCAGAGAAAUGCAAGAACACUUAAUAGCAUUUGUUUUUAUGUAUUGGUGAAAAAAAUUGGUCAGAGUGGAGUAUCUGAAUGAUGCAAAAAUCAAAAAGUUAUAGAUGGUUAAUAUGGAGGGAGAGUUAACUACCAAAAAAAGUGCUGUGGUUAAUUUCAAUAUUUUGUUCUGUUAUUUGAUUAUGAAAUGGAUGCACAGUAGGCACAUAAAAUUCAAGGCAUUCUAUAUUACUGGGAAAAAGACUAGGGUAAUACUACUGCAUUUGCUUAUUGCAUACUGUAACUUUCAUCAUUGUUGUAAUUAUUUUGUGCCAUUGUAUAUUUUUACUUUGUUACACUUUCUCCUAUUUUGUUUAACCUUGAAAUUACACGCUGGUGUAAACCCUUACUAUAAUAAUUUGUGAUUUGAUGUGACAGCCCCUUCCACCUUCAUUUUGAGUUUUAAAAAAUAGACUUGUGUUUUCAUUUGUUUUGCUUUAGGAUAGUCUGAUACACACACAAUUGGUUAUGGCCUCAGCAGUGUUGAUUGUUUUUUUCUCUUUGUUUUCUUCAGCCGAAUACUAGAUGGUUAAACAGUUUUCAUGAGUUCUGUGUUGAAUUUAAUCAUAAAAGAAGAUUAUAUUACAACCUUCAAUUCAUAUUCUUAACUUUUACUUGGUUCUGUGCUUGUUAUAUUGCUUGUGAUUGUUCAAUCAUUUACAUUCAAGCUUUAUUCCACUGCUUUUCUUGCGAUUUCUUCCUGUUAUAUUGCAAACAUCUUGAUAUUCAUGGGUCUCUGUUUGCAAUCUGAUUUGUAUGCCCUGUUUUUCUUUAUGUUGACACUGAUCUUUUACAGAUCGAGAUUAUUUACAACUAUGGGCAAGAAGAGGCAGAGUUAAAGUAGCUGCAUCAUGCUUAUGCAGUAAAUAAAGUUUUACACUGCUCCAUCUGUUUUACAAUAUAUAGCCUUGAACAUUUUUUCCCGCUCAUGCUUUCAGUGAUCGUCUUACUUAUUUGAGUGCCUGGUGCAGAUGAAAGAUAACGAUGUCCGUGGUGGGAAGUAUACGACAAAGAGUCAUUGCUUGUUUCCGUUUAGCCGCGCAUCAAACUAUUUGAGAUGUUCAAUUUAUUGCUUUGUAAUUUACUUAGGUUCUUUUUGCAAUGCAUGUUCUCCAUUUGGAAAAUUUGCCCACUCUGAAUUGUUUAUCUUCUACAGAUCAGAUGUUCAUAAUUUUUACUCACAUGCAUGAAUGCAAACCAAGUUUUUGCAUUUUGUUAAGACAUAAGCUUGUGGUUCUUCUGGUGGCCUUGGUAACUUGUUUGAUUUCUGGCACCUCUUAAUUCACAACAUUGCCUUUUGAUGUAUCAAAUGAUUAUAAUGCAUAUUUUUUUGAAUAAUACAAUCUUUUACU